UCCCAAGUGCUGGGAUUACAGAUGUGCGCUGACAUGCCUGGCCGAGUUGUUGGAUCUUAUGUCAUUGUCUUUUUUCUUUGGAGAUUGAACCCAGGCUCAUAAAUAGUAGGCAAGUAUUGCUUCCCCCUACUGUUCUUUUUUUAAAAAAAUAGUCUGAGAUAAGGUCUCCUUAAGUUCCCCAGGCUGGUCUUGAACGUGGGACUCUCUCCUGCUUCAGCUUCCUAAGUGGCUGGGUUAUAGUGUGCUACCAGACCCAACUAUUUAAUUGGUUUUAAGUCUCUGGAACAUGCCAGUUGUAUUUCUCAGACCAUGUAAUAAACAGUUCAUUUCAACAGAGUUUUAGGAUUGUACCAGAAAGAAAGCAAAAGGAAAGGAGAUAAAAAUAAUUUCUUUGCAUAAGUUGACUUUGUCAACAUAACAAAUAUUCUGUGGUAAGAAAUGAAAGAAUUAGCUACAUUAAGGAUAAGUUUUUGAGUCAGAAUAAUUUAGUAUAGGAUUUAGCUUUGCAGUGUAGCAAAAUAGAUUUGGCUUAUGGUCUCUUGAAGACUGUUUCCACUUUGGACAUUUUUGGAAACAUAGAAAGUUUAACUAAUGUCUUUUGUUACCUACACUUUGUAGCCCAGGCUGGCCUCGAUCUCGUAGCAAUCUUCCUGCCUCAGCCUCCCAAGUGUGGGAUUACAGGUGUGUACCACCAUGCCUGGCUGAGUUGUUGGAUCUUAUGUCAUUGUCUUUUUCCUUUGGUGGUAGUAUUGAAAAUUGAACCCAGUCUGCAUCCAUCUGCGUUGUUUUGAAUGUGUAUGUUCUUUUAAUGUCACUACUAGUUCUUGCUGUAGGAGUGAAUGUGUGUUUCACUUUCAUGUUUUUCAUGUAUAAGAAGUUAAAAAAUCUUUUUUAGUUAGCAUUUCAAUUUCUUAAUUAAUAGCUACAAGUAAAUACAUUUAUUUUCAGUAAGCUAUUGCAAUCCAUUUAAAUAGGGUCCUCCCCACCUUUGGUACUGGGUAUUGAAUGCAGGACCUCACAUAUGUUAGGCAAGUAGUAGCCACUGAGCUAUAUGCCCUACUGUCUUUAUUUUGAGAUAAAGCCAUAUUAAGUUGCUAAGUUGUUCAGGCUAGGCUAGACCUUGCGAUCCUGCUUCAGCAUCCCACAGUGCUAGACUAACAUGCUAAGUAAGUGGUCUAGGCUGGCCUCAAUCUUGUGAUCCUCCUGCCUCAGCCUCCCUGGAUGCUGGUAUAAUAGGCAUUUGCCACAAUGCCUGGCUAGAAUGUUUUUCUUGUUUCUUUACUUAGUAUAUAUCCAGCCAUACAUAUAAUUUGAUAGUAUUUGGUAACUGUUUUCCAAAGUUUAUGUUUUAUGUAUCUGUUUUCAUUUGUUUCAUGUUAGAAAUGGUACUGUACUUAUCACUGCAGUAUUUAAAUAAUCUGGUAUAAUUCUAUUAAAAAGAACCACUUGAAUAGCUUUUUGUGGUUUCAAAGUUCUUGCAAAUAGAUCAUCUCAUUUAAUCCUCACAACAGUCUUGUAUACUAGCUAGGACAGUUUUUAUCUUCCCCAUUUUAGAUGAGAAAACUGAAAUUAAGAAAUUGAGACUAAACAGGGUCACUAGGUUAGCAGGCAUUCAGAGACCACAAAGCUUUUUCUCCUGUCAUUUUGAGAAUAUAGAAUAGUAUUUGUUCACUAAGGAGAAAAUCGGUUGCCAUCGGUAUUUUAAUGUAAUUCUGAGGAUUCAGAAAAUCCUUUUAAAAAUCAGUAUUUUGUAACUAAGAUGUAGAAUUAAGAUACUGUGUUUUAUUAUCCUUGUCCUACUCCCUUGUUCAUAAACUUUAAGAAAAGUCAUUUUCAGAUUCACAUAAGACUUUGAGUUCUGUUUUCAAGAUGUAAUGUUGAUGCUUAGCAUGGUGGCACAUGCCUAUAAUCCCAGCUAUGUGAAGGCUAAUGCAAGAGGGUCUCGAAGUUCAAGACCAUCCUGGGCAAUGUAGUGAAACCUCAUCUUUAAAAAAAAAACAAAAAAUAAACCUUAAGAUAAAUACAAUUAAAAACAAAUGUAUUUACCACAAAUUAAAAAUUCAGAUAUGUAGAUUAUAUUCUUGAAUGGAAGACUAACUUGAUUCACAAAGCUCACAAUAGGUAAAGUUUCAAUAGUGUGUUGAAAUUUGUCAUAGUUUAUAUUCAUAUUUAUGGUCACAUAGCAAUAGUUACUUGUUUGCCUUUUUCAUUUUCUGACCUGUUGUCUCUGAUCACAAAACUUAAAUCUAUAAUUGAACUGCUCCUUAAAACAUAGUUGAAAUUUAAAGAGUAGUGUAGGAAAAUAAAACAUAAAUGUGGGAAAUAAAAUUAUUCACUAAAGAAUAGAUUAAAAAUAUCAAGUUAUUCCACAAAAUUCUUAUUCAUUCAAAGACUGUAACACUAAAGAAGCUAUGUUUUUAACUCUUAAUUUUCAUAAUACCUAGAUAUGGAUAAUAAGAUUUGAAAAAAUAAUUACUUGAGUCAGGACAGUGGGCCUACACUGGGCACUUUACCUUGAGAAAAAUCAGUGCCCAAAAAUCAGGUGUUGAGUGUAGAAAAAGAAUCAUGCUGCUGUUAGAGAGAUGUAUAAUAAUACUUUACUUUGUGUAGGACCCUACAUCUGAGGAAUUGCAAGAGCAUUACACAGUAAUUCAUGGUUCCUUUCAAAAUGCUUGUGACACAAUUUGCAAGAAUUAUCCUCAUCUUAGGGGAUAAAUUUAUGGAGAAAUGGCAGCACAAGUUGAGCAGGUUGUUGCCCUGGAUGCCCAAAAUAUUGUAGCUGUUUCAUGUGGAGAAGCUCAUACGUUAGCACUUAAUGACAAGGGCCAGGUAUAUGCUUGGGGUCUCGAUUCUGAUGGACAACUUGGCCUACUAGGAUCAGAGGAAUGUAUCAGAGUGCCCAGCUGCUUCCCGAAAGUCAUGGGUAUCGACUCUGUGUUCAGAACUUGCUCCGGACUCUCAUUUGGCAGAAUCAGAAAUAUUAAAAGUUUGUCAGAUAUCCAGAUAGUACAGGUUGCUUGUGGUUAUUACCAUUCACUUGCACUUUCAAAAGCAAGUGAAGUUUUCUGUUGGGGACAGAAUAAAUAUGGCCAGUUGGGUUUAGGCAUUGACUGUAAAAAGCAGACAUCACCACAGUUGAUUAAGUCUUUGCUUGGAAUUCCAUUCAUGCAAGUUGCAGCAGGAGGAGCCCAUAGUUUUGUACUCACUCUUUCUGGAGCUAUCUUUGGAUGGGGACGCAACAAAUUUGGUCAGCUAGGUCUUAAUGAUGAAAACGAUAGAUAUGUUCCUUAUUUACUAAAGUCACUAAGAUCUCAGAAAAUAGUUUAUAUUUGUUGUGGAGAAGAUCAUACUGCUGCGCUAACCAAGGAAGGUGGAGUGUUUACUUUUGGAGCUGGAGGGUAUGGUCAGUUGGGUCAUAAUUCUACCAGUCAUGAGAUAAACCCAAGAAAAGUUUUUGAACUCAUGGGAAGCAUUGUCACACAGAUUGCUUGUGGAAGGCAGCAUACUUCUGCUUUUGUUCCUUCAUCAGGACGAAUUUAUUCUUUUGGGCUUGGAGGUAAUGGACAGCUGGGAACUGGUUCAACAAGCAACAGGAAAAGUCCUUUCACUGUAAAAGGAAAUUGGUUUCCUUACAAUGGACAGUGUCCACCAGAUCUUGAUUCUGAAGAAUAUUUCUGUGUAAAAAGAAUUUUCUCAGGUGGAGAUCAAAGCUUUUCACAUUACUCUAGUCCUCAGAACUGUGGGCCACCAGAUGACUUUAGAUAUCCUGAUCCUUCAAAGCAGAUCUGGACAGUGAAUGAAGCUCUGAUUCAAAAAUGGCUAAGUUACCCUUCUGGAAGAUUUCCUGUGGAAAUAGCCAAUGAGAUAGAUGGAACAUUUUCCUCAUGUGCUUGCCUAAAUGGAAGCUUUUUAGCUGUUAGCAAUGAUGAUCAUUAUAGAACAGGCACCAGAUUUUCAGGGGUUGAUAUGAAUGCUGCUAGGCUUUUAUUCCACAAGCUUAUACAACCUGAUCAUCCUCAGAUAUCUCAGCAGGUGGCAGCUAGUUUGGAAAAGAACCUUAUACCUAAAUUGACUAGCUCCUUACCUGAUGUUGAAGCAUUGAGGUUUUAUCUUACUCUACCAGAAUGUCCUCUGAUGAGUGAUUCCAACAACUUCACAACAAUAGCACUUCCUUUUGGUACAGCUCUUGUGAACUUAGAAAAGGCUCCACUGAAAGUUCUUGAAAACUGGUGGUCAGUGCUUGAACCUCCACUAUUCCUCAAGAUAGUAGAACUUUUUAAGGAAGUUGUGGUACAUCUUUUGAAACUCUGCAAGAUCGGCAUUCCCCCUUCUGAAAGAAGAAUUUUCAACAGUUUUCUUCAUACUGCAUUAAAGGUUUUAGAAAUAUUACAUAGGGUAAAUGAGAAAGCAGGACAAAUUAUACAAUAUGAUAAAUUUUAUAUACAUGAAGUUCAAGAAUUGACAGAUAUAAGGAAUGAUUAUAUCACCUGGGUCCAACAGCAGGCCUAUGGAAUGGAUGUCAGCCAUGGAUUGACUGAGUUGGCAGAUAUCCCCGUUACAAUCUGUACAUAUCCAUUUGUAUUUGAUGCCCAAGCAAAAACUACUUUGUUACAAACGGAUGCAGUUUUACAGAUGCAGGUGGCUAUUGACCAGGCCCACAGACAGAAUGUCUCCUCUCUUUUUCUCCCAGUGAUUGAAUCUGUGAAUCCCUGCUUAAUUUUAGUGGUGCGUAGAGAAAAUAUUGUAGGUGAUGCAAUGGAAGUCCUCAGGAAAACAAAGAACAUAGAUUACAAAAAACCACUCAAGGUUAUAUUUGUUGGAGAAGAUGCUGUUGAUGCAGGAGGAGUUCGCAAAGAAUUUUUCUUGCUCAUCAUGAGGGAAUUACUGGAUCCUAAAUAUGGCAUGUUUCGAUACUAUGAAGAUUCCAGGCUUAUUUGGUUUUCUGAUAAGACAUUUGAAGAUAGCGAUUUGUUCCACUUGAUUGGUGUUAUUUGUGGAUUAGCAAUUUAUAAUUUUACUAUUGUGGACCUGCAUUUUCCUUUGGCUUUAUAUAAGAAACUGCUGAAAAAGAAACCAUCCCUGGAUGAUUUGAAAGAAUUAAUGCCUGAUGUUGGGAGAAGCAUGCAACAAUUACUGGAUUAUCCAGAAGAUGAUAUAGAGGAAACAUUUUGUCUAAAUUUUACGAUCACAGUUGAAAACUUUGGUGCAACAGAAGUGAAAGAGCUGGUUCUAAAUGGUGCAGACACAGCUGUUAACAGACAGAAUCGGCAGGAGUUUGUUGAUGCAUAUGUGGAUUAUAUAUUCAAUAAAUCAGUGGCUUCCUUAUUUGACGCUUUUCAUGCGGGUUUCCAUAAGGUCUGUGGAGGAAAAGUUCUUCUGCUUUUCCAGCCUAAUGAACUACAAGCAAUGGUUAUUGGAAAUACAAAUUAUGAUUGGAAGGAAUUGGAAAAGAAUACAGAAUACAAAGGGGAAUACUGGGCAGAACAUCCUACGAUAAAAAUUUUUUGGGAGGUGUUUCAUGAAUUACCAUUGGAAAAGAAAAAACAAUUUCUAUUAUUUUUGACAGGUAGUGAUCGCAUUCCUAUUCUUGGUAUGAAGAGCCUGAAACUAGUCAUCCAGCCAACAGGAGGUGGUGAGGAGUAUCUCCCGGUUUCUCAUACCUGUUUUAAUCUUCUUGAUCUUCCAAAAUACACAGAAAAAGAAACUCUGCGCUCUAAACUGAUCCAAGCUAUUGAUCACAAUGAAGGCUUCAGUUUAAUAUAACUUUGGAAUUGCAAACUAUUCUGUUCAGUGCAAAAGCAUUAAAAUUAUUUGUGUUUUUCUUGUGGUGAUGAAUUCAGCAAAGUGUCAGAGGUACUAUUAUAAUUCUUACUGCAAAACGUUUGAUGCUGUAUUCAUGAAAGCCAAAAAAUACUAAAAUGAACAAAUACUAAAUUUAUUGUACAAAACCAUGAAUUUUUUCCCCAUCAUAAGUAUACUGUUGUGAACACAUUAAAGUUUUACUAACAUGCUUUAAGAAUUUGAGUAUCUCAGAAAUGGUCUGAUGUGUGUGAGUGCAUGAAAUUGUUACUUUUCAAUCACCGGGUGAAAAACCUUUAACUUCAGCCUGGAAUAGUCAUUUGAUUAUUUUUCCAUCUUGUAAAUAAUGUUAAGUUUUGUAAUAAAAUAGUUAUGUUCUGAUACCA